AUGCAUGGUCUUAUUUUAGAAACAAAUAUAAACAGAGGUGAUGAUGGUGGUUUAUAUGCUGAGCUUGUCUAUAAUCGAGCAUUUCAAGAAAUGGGUCGAUCAUUGGACGGAUGGAUAACAUAUGGGGAAGGAUCCAUUGGUCUUAGCAAUAUCCAACCUUUGUCCAAUGCUUUACCAGUGCAAAUGAAAUUCACACUUACCGAAACGUCAGCUUCUCCAUCUGGUUUCCAAAAUGGUGGGUUUUAUGGCAUGAAUACUCAAGCUCAAAGCUAUACAGCAACAUUUUAUUAUCGACCAUCUGCAAAUGCGCAUGUGGGUGGCGGUAAGUUGACAAUUGGAUUGGGCGAUGCAGCUGGUCUAGAUGUGUUUGGUACAUCGACAGUUGAUGUAUCGAAUGCUCCCGCGAAUGUUUGGUCCAAUUUUUCUGCUAGUAUCUCUGUCUAUCUUGCGGCGCCGUCUACUCAAAACGUUUUCUUCAUCGAAUUUCCUCCAAACUCAAAGGGUAAUUUCGAAUUCAACCUGAUUUCUUGUUUUCCUCCUACGUUCAAAAAUCGAACGAAUGGUGUUCGUAUCGAUAUUGCACAGCGUUUUAUUUGGAAUAAUACCAUUGGUCCUCUGAAAAAUCGUCCAGGUCGACAAGGAUCAUGGGUGUGA